ACAAGGUACUCUGAUUGGUCCCAGGUAGACUCGGUUCACCUUUCAUUAGUUGGCUCGUCUUUAAAGUAGCUGGCCCACAUAUCAACCCUCGUAGUAAUCCUCAACACGCUUCAGCGUCCGUGUCGACCGCUAAGACCAUACGGGUAUAUACAGAUACGAGCACAAUUGCCUAAGUCAUCGUUUCAGCUCUCGUUCUUCGAAUUUUUGAACUCGCGCUCGUUGGAUUUUCCUUUAUUUUCUAGUUCGAUCCAACACGGAACCGGUCAAUGGUUGGCACAAUAUGGCUGAGGAAAAGCUGUGGUCGUAGAGAAGCACGAAAUGAGUCCAACAGAAAUUAAAUCCAUUUGUAGCCCUUUUGGAAAACCCUGGAACGGCGUGAACGUGAAGUUUUCGUUGCAUCUUUCUCAAACUCUGUGUCCUCAUCUUUGAGCAAAUCGUACUUCCCCUUCAACUUUUACAGUCGCAAACAAACAAACAUUUAUACCUUAUUGAAAAAGUAGCAAAGAUCGUAUCAAGACCAAAGAUAAAGCCGAAGAAAGAGAACGAAGCAAGAGGGAACAAGCGACAAAGAAGUGUUCUUCAUCAGUUCUAAGAAGUUUCCAACACGAGGGAGAAACGAAUAGGCAGUGAUAUACCUUGAAAACGUCAUUACACGAAAACUACCCAGAAAACGCGUAGUUAAAGGUUAUUUUGUUCCGAACGGAAGAGAAAAAGUGGAAGAAAAACGAGCCAAAAUGAGCACAAUUAGCAGCAUCCAGUCUACAUCCGUGAAGGACUUCUACAGGGACAGGUCUAUCUUCGUCACCGGCGGUACUGGCUUCAUGGGUAAAGUCCUCGUCGAGAAGCUACUCAGAUCUUGUCCAGAAAUAAGAAACAUUUAUGUUCUGAUAAGACCCAAAAAAGGUCAGGAUGUCCAGGAAAGGUUGCGGGAACUAUUGAAUGGGCCGCUGUUCGAGAAGUUACGGCGAGACGCUCCGAACGAGCUCUCAAAGAUAGUUCCCGUGGCUGGGGAUGUGACGGAACACGAACUAGGCAUCUCAGAGUCCGAUCAGAAUACUCUAAUAAAAAAUGUGUCGAUCGUCUUUCAUUCCGCCGCCACUGUGAAAUUUGACGAAGCACUAAAGCUUUCGGUCACUAUCAACAUGGUUGGCACUAAACAGUUGUUGAAUUUGUGCCAUCGUAUGCACAAUUUAGAGGCGCUGAUCCACGUUUCAACGGCAUAUUGCAAUUGUGAUCGUAAAGACGUUGCUGAAGAGAUAUACCCUCUGUCGGCGGAACCAGAACAUAUAAUCACUUUAACAAAGUCCAUGGAUGCCAAGGUGGUUGAUGAUAUAACACCGGCUUUAAUUGGCAAACGUCCGAAUACCUAUACUUUUACCAAAGCCCUAACGGAAAGAUUGUUGCAAUCAGAAGCUGGUUAUUUACCAGUUGCAAUCGUGAGACCCUCUAUUGUCUUGUCAUCGUUUAAAGAACCAGUAGCUGGAUGGGUGGACAAUUGGAACGGGCCGACUGGAAUUAUUAUUGCAGCUGGAAAAGGUUUCUUCAGAUCUAUGUUGUGUUAUAAAGACAUGAUAGCAGACUUAGUGCCGGUCGAUAUAGUAAUUAACUUGAUGAUAUGCGCGGCAUGGAGGACUGCGACGAAUCGUCCAAAGACGAUUCCGGUAUACAAUUGUUGUACCGGUCAACAGAACCCGAUUACCUGGAAGCAAUUUGUUGAGCUCACGUUCAAAUACUCUCGAAAGCACCCAUCGAACAGUGUGAUGUGGUAUCCGGAUGGCAUAUGCCACAACUCCAUUUUUUUGAACAAAGUGUGCAUAAUCUUCCAGCACAUACUACCGGCGCACAUUUUAGACUUCAUUUUUCGACUGAAGGGCAAACCGACCUUUAUGGUCGGCGUACAAACAAAGCUCCGUAAAGCUGCCGAGUGCUUGGAGUAUUUUAGUACGCAACAAUGGAACUUCAGAGAUGACAAUGUUCGACAAUUAGGUGAACAGCUCUCUCCCGAAGACCGACAGACUUUUAUGUUCGAUGUCAGACAGAUUGACUGGCCAGCGUAUUUGGAACAUUACAUAUUGGGAAUUCGGCAUUUCAUUUUAAAGGACAAUCCGAACACACUACCAGCUGCUCGUUUAUAUCUUAGGAAGUUAUAUUGGCUUCACAGAGCUAUACAGUUCGGAGUGCUAUUAGUAGUGCUACGUUUUUUGUUUUUGCGUAGUUCCAUGACCCGGACUGCAUGUUUUUCACUGCUGUCUAUCGUGUUACGUAUGUGCCGUAUGAUUGUUUGACGGCUCAGAAUGCUGACUGAAGAUCGCGAAAAGCGUCAUAAGAAGCAACAGCUAAUUAUAAAGAAGCAUAAUUUAAUAGUGCGGGUUGUUCUUCGACUUCAUUGCUCGCCAUUCCCAACGAUCACUCGCUAUGUUCAAAUAUCCCGUCAGUUGGCCUUUUCAAUGUUUCUAUUUGUUUAUAACUAAAUUAGCAUUUGCUAGAGGUAUUCAAUUCUGCAGGGAGUGUCAGUUACAAAACAUGUUCAAAAAGCACGCAAAUGAUGAGGCAGAAAGAAAGAAAAAUGUGUAUUUCAAGCUUCCGAAGUUAUCACAUAUAAAGAUCACUUUGUUAUAUUCCCAAAAAUUAACAGGAUGGGCAAAAUCCCUUUAAGUAACUACGUCGUCUUCUUGUUCAAUAAUAUCAGCAAAAAUGCAGCAACGAAAGUUCAGACAUUUACAACCAUAUGUUUAUUGUGGAUAUAUUCCAUUGUCAUUGUAAUCGUGUGUUUUUCAAUGUCGCCUUAAAAGGGCGUUUCGUUCUUGAGCAUCGAUUUUUCGCAUAUCGUCGAUUUGUAAUGACGCGACAUUAGAAGUAUUCGAUCGAGUUCGUUGUUAAAAGACCUAAACCUUGAUACUUUGUUUCGGUCUGUUACAUUGCACGGUAAUUAUCGUGUAACGCGGUUUAAAAUCAUACGACGCGUGAACUCCGUGAGCCGGCAACUCGAAUACCGAUCGAAAUUAUUCAAUAUUUGCCAUAGAACCUUGUGAUUUGAUUGAUAUUUAAGUAUGUUCUCUUUUCUCACACCAUUUUAGCUUAAUGAUCAAAAAGUAACAACAAAAAGAGAUAGAAUAACAUUUUACAAAUUAUUUAAGAGAAAUUAUUUGUUAUUCAUAUUUUUACAUUUUUAACGAUAAUCCCUACUGUGUUCAAUAUGUCUUUUUAUCAAUUGACCUACAAUUUAAGUAAUCAACUUAAUCUUCCAAUAAAUUUUCGUGAGUUUUUAAUUAAUUAGCAAGGUUUUAUCGUGUAUUCCGUUAUUUAGGGAUCACGUUCGCUACUUUAUUUCGCCCAAAAACAGUAAAAACUGCGAGAAAAGGACGAGAAAAGAACAAACAAUUUUCAAAUUAAUCGUAGAAAA